AUGAUGGAUUUUGAUGAGCGUGGUCCCUGCUCCUCUAACAUGUAUUUGCCAAGUUGUACUUACUACGUCUCGGGUCCAGAUUUCUCCAGCCUCCCUUCUUUUUUGCCCCAGACCCCGUCUUCGCGCCCAAUGACAUACUCCUACUCCUCCAACCUGCCCCAGGUCCAACCUGUGCGCGAAGUGACCUUCAGAGAGUACGCCAUUGAGCCUGCCACUAAAUGGCACCCCCGCGGCAAUCUGGCCCACUGCUACUCCGCGGAGGAGCUCGUGCACAGAGACUGUCUGCAGGCGCCCAGCGCGGCCGGCGUGCCUGGCGACGUGCUGGCCAAGAGCUCGGCCAACGUCUACCACCACCCCACCCCCGCCGUCUCAUCCAAUUUCUAUAGCACGGUGGGCAGGAACGGCGUUCUGCCACAGGCUUUUGACCAGUUUUUCGAGACGGCCUACGGUACCCCGGAAAACCUCGCCUCCUCCGACUACCCCGGGGACAAGAGCGCCGAGAAAGGGCCCCCAGCAGCAGCUGCGACCUCCGCUGCGGCGGUGGCUGCGGCGGCCACGGGCGCGCCGGCAACUUCAAGUUCGGACGGCGGCGGCGGCGGCUGUCGGGAGGCGGCGGCGGAGGAGAAGGAGCGGCGGCGGCGACCCGAGAGCAGCAGCAGCCCCGAGUCGUCUUCCGGCCACACUGAGGACAAGGCCGGCAGCUCCGGUGGCCAACGCACCCGCAAAAAGCGCUGCCCUUACACCAAGUAUCAGAUCCGAGAGCUGGAGCGAGAGUUCUUCUUCAGCGUCUACAUCAACAAAGAGAAGCGCCUGCAAUUGUCCCGCAUGCUCAACCUCACCGAUCGUCAAGUCAAAAUCUGGUUUCAGAACAGAAGAAUGAAGGAAAAAAAGAUUAACAGAGACCGGUUACAAUACUACUCGGCCAAUCCACUUCUCUAA